AUGAGCACGGCGGUCUUGCUUCACGAUCGCCUUGGGCCGGGCAAGGCAUCUUUUCUUCUUCAGACCAAGACAAGAAGAAGGAGCCGGAAGGAAGAGCAGGAACAGCAGACACAGAAGAAACAGAACAGAGACAGCGAGAGAGGCAGAGACAGCGAGAAGGGGGGUGGAUACCUUGGAUACCUCGAGCCGUAUCCGCGGGCAAUGGGAGGCCGUGGAACAAGCAAGGACCGGGCGGCUGGCCGAACAGCGCAGCAAAGGCAGGGCAAAGCCAAAAAAAAAAAAACAACGAGGGAAAAGGAAAAAUAA